AUGGAGGCAGCUAUUGACACUGUCAAACAGUUCGCAACGACUGCCAGCGAAGCAACUCGCCAGGAAGUGAUAAAAUCAUUGACCAAGCUGAUUUUUGCUCUAGAAAGCCCCAGUGACACUAUUCAUAGAUAUGGACAUAUGAAUCUACAAACUGCCAUAAUUAGGAUCGGCUUUGAUUUAGGCCUUUUCAAAUUAUUGACUGAUGCCAAUGGGCCACUGUCGGUGGACGAAAUUUCCCAAAAAACCGGCGCUGAGCCCCAGUUGAUAAGCCGCAUUUUUAGGUAUCUUGCUGCCAUUGACUUGGUGGAUGAAGUUUCGGCUACUCAGUAUGCCGCAAACAAUGUAACCCGAAACCUUACUGAGAAGUCUGUUGAGGCUGGUUUGUGCCACUACUUCUACACUGCUUCACCUCAGUAUGAAGCACUCCCUGGCUUCUUGAAAAGCACCAAGUACCAAAACCCAGUUGACGAGCUACAUACUGCCUUCCAAGAUGCCUGGAAGACCAAUCUUCAUGCGUUUGCAUGGUUCAGUGACCACCCUGCGCAGCUUACCUACUUCAAUGACUACAUGGCUCUCCGUCGUACGCCUGAAGUUUCGUGGCUUUCAGUGUAUCCCGUUGCUCGUGAGGUUGAGAGCUGGGACUCAAAGAACAACACCAGGGCUAUCUACGUUAACAUUGGGGGCGGUAUAGGUCAUCAGUGCAAACAAUUCAAGGACAAGUAUCCUAAUUUGUCUGGAAGGGUGAUAUUACAGGAUCUACCACAUUCAAUCGCAAAAGCACUGCCAACACCUGGUGUAGAGAACAUGGAACAUGACUUUUUCCAGCCACAACCAGUUAAAGAUGCUAAAUUUUACUUCCUCCGCGGAGUCCUCCACGAUCAUCCGCCACAUCAGGUGCGAAAGAUCCUCGAGCAGACAAAAGCAGCCAUGGGGCCUGAAUCUGUUAUGCUUAUUGAUGAAAUGAUCCUUCCAACGACUGGCGUAAACAACAUGGCUGCAUCUGUUGACAUGACUAUGCUCACUGCAUUGGCGGGCAUGGAGCGAACCGAGGCCCAGUGGCGCAAUACUCUUGAAGAGGUAGGGUUGGAGGUUGUGAGCACUUUCCCAUACUCUCCAAAAAAUUUUGAGGGAGUGAUACAGGCAAGGCUGCCAAGAUAG